UUUAAACAUACUUUAGUAGCAAAGAAACAGUGGCAUACGUAAGUAAAACAAAAGAGAAAGCGGAGCACAAUUUCGCGCACGGAGACAAGACAAGCAUUCUAAGAUGAAACAAAACAUGAGCGUAAGUGAAACCCUUCAUCUACGCCGAAGUAGUGAGUAUAUAGUUACUUAGCGAAGUUCAUGUGAGUUAAACUGAAGCAAUGGCGAAGGCAUCUCCGUCGAACUGCGUCGUUUUAAGACGUUUUUGCUUUUUGAAGUGGACGGUGGCGAUGGUGGUUUGUGCGGCGGGGUCGCUGGUGUUGUGGCCGUGGAGUCCGGAGCUGAAGAUAGAACGGAUGAGCGUGAAGCGCGUGAGGGUGCACCCGCUGCCGCCGGUGGGCGCGGACGUGUGGAUAACGCUGUCGGUGGUGGUGAAGAACCGCGGCAUGUACUGGCUGGACCUGGCGGACGUGGACGUCGGGGUGAAGUAUCGGGGAAAGAAGAUGGGACACGUGGAAUCGGAGGGGUGGCACGUGCGAGGUUGGGCCUCAACGAACGUGGACGGUGAUCUGGAGUUUAGUGGGCUUCCGUCUACCGAGGUGGCCCAUUUGCUGGAGGACAUGGCGAAGGGUGAAGUCUACUUUCAUACCGUUAUUGAGGUCGCUGGCGAAUUCGGCUUUCUCAGCAUUCCCGUCCCUCUUACGUUUAAGAUAAUACUGGCAUGUGAGGUUUUGGUGAAUACAAAAAGCCAUGCAAUUAUUCUUCAACACUGUAUUUACAAGGACUGAGAACAAACAUGGUGAAGCCUCAAAACAUCUCUGUCUUCCACCAUAUGCAGCAUGCAUACUUGUGUAAAUGACAUCAUUCAAGUUUGGAAGAAUCAAUGGCCACAUACUCUAAUAUGGUUAAUGAUAUUAGGAUCUGCUUCCAAUGAUUGUAUUUUCACCAUCAUUAUUGUAAUAUUUCAAUCAUCAAAAUAACUAAGUUUUUUAUUUAUUUUAUUUAUCA